GAUCGGCUACAGGAUCUGAUGGAAUCCCUGAACGAAGGCUUGGUCUCAGCUGCCGAGGUGCAAGGCGUUCUGCGAGAAGCCAAAAUGAUUGGCGAGGGACGGCCUGCUUUGUUGUGGGCGCUCGGCGCUUGGUACAUUAAUGUGGAGAGGAGCAACAGCCCCUGGAUUCAGGUCCUUCUGGCCUCCGUGCGGCGCUGGAUCCCCAGCGACGAGGAACACCACGGCUGGAUGCUCCAUGCUUUAGCGAAGGCCACCAUGGAACUGCCCAAGACGCUGCCGUUGCCGCGGCGCUUGGGGGGAGAGCUCCGGAAAGCAAAUGGAGGGCAACGGGAAGAAACAGCCUCCAGAGCUAGCCAGGCGUGUGUCUUGAUGCUUUCCGUAUUGAUUCAUAUGUUCUACCUCUGUAUGUUGAUCUUCCCAAGUCUCCUGUUUGGGCUGCUGAUCUUUUUGGGUUCAGAGCACGGUGACGAUCGAUGUCCCUACGAUUUGGAUGCCUUGCUGGUGUGGUUUGGAGCGCUUGGCUUAGCUGUUUUGGUCAUGGACUGUGCCAAUGAUGGUCGGCUGGGCAUCUCAAUCGUGGUCUACAUCUUGAAGUUUUUUUUGGCAUUAACCCCAUUGCUGGGGAUGGCUUGGACGCAUAGUUUGAGACACAAAGAUGCUGACAUUUGUGGCCCCUACGUCUUUUGGACAUCCAAAUGGAUCUGGAGUGCCAUCGCUUCCUGCGAAAUGUAUGUCAUUUGUUUGUUGGGUUGGAGCUUUCACGUGGCGCGCAACCAUGAACGCUUCUUGCGGCGUGCAGCCUCUGGCGAAGACGAUCUUGUUGAUCUCGGUCCGGAGAGCCCGGUGACCAACGAUGCCUUGGUGUCGUAA